GCCAGUUAGAUAUUGAGUGCCUUCGAUAACUCUGCAAUUUGUGUGGAUUCCGCAAAGGCGACAAACAUAUUAAAAGCAAGUGUGCGAUUCUAAAAGCCCAAUUCGGCAUUUGAAGUGGCGUUUGACAGACGUGAUCGGUUAACGGUGACUUGAUCAAAGUGGCAGUGGUGCGAGUCAAAAGGAUCGCUCCUUAAGCGCGGUUCCUGGACAACCCAGCGAAUUUAAUCUGUUGUGUGAAAUUUUGUGAGCCAAUACUGAAAAGUGAAUUUGAGUUCUAACAAAAUGGGUUUUAACUCCAAAUAUCACAUAGAUGUCGACUUUGAAGUGCCUAAAAAAUUACAAUGGUAUUAUGCACCAGCCUAUAUCGUGUUUUGGUUCGUCAUCUAUCUGUCGCUGGUCAAUACCCAAAUCAAUCAUAUGCCAAAAGCGCUAACCCGCUCUGAUGAGGCGAGCAGCCCUUAUAGCUUCAUCGCCCAACGCGCCGAGGAUACUCUGAUCGAACUGACCCGAAUUGGACCUCGAGUGGUUGGUAGCGUUGCCAAUGAGGUGACCACCGUGGAGUUUUUGAGGGCAGAGGUCAGCAAAGUUCAGGCCGAGGCGCAUUCACGGUUUGAGCUUGAAAUCGAUGUGCAACAGGCUAGUGGGGCCUAUAUGCAUUGGACAAUGGUGAACAUGUAUCAGGGUAUUCAGAAUGUGGUCGUUAAAUUGAGCGAGAAGAACAGCACAAAUGAGAAUUAUCUGUUGAUAAAUGCCCAUUACGACUCGGUGCCAGGCAGCCCCGGUGCUGGUGACGAUGGUUCAAUGGUUGUUACCAUGUUAGAGGUGAUGCGUGUUUUGGCUAAAACGGAUGAGCCACUCGCACAUCCCAUUAUCUUUCUAUUUAAUGGUGCCGAGGAGAAUCCUCUUCAGGCUUCUCAUGCCUUCAUCACUCAGCACAAGUGGGCCAAGAACUGCAAAGCACUCAUCAAUCUGGAUUCGGCAGGCAGUGGUGGACGAGAAAUACUCUUUCAGUCAGGACCCAACCAUCCCUGGCUUAUGAAAUAUUAUCGCCAGGUACCACACCCUUUUGCCAACACUAUGGGCGAAGAAGUAUUUCAGGCUGGCCUUAUACCCUCCGACACAGAUUUUCGCAUUUUUCGCGAUUAUGGCGGUGUGCCUGGCCUGGACAUGGCAUAUUUAUUCAACGGAUACGUCUAUCACACACAAUACGAUCGAGUCAAUGUGUUCCCGCGUUCCUCAUUCCAACACACUGGCGACAAUGUUCUAGCCCUGGCCAAAUCACUGGGCAAUGCACCCGAAUUGGAUGAUACAGCUGCACAUGCUGAAGGCCAUAAUAUAUUCUAUGACUUCCUUGGUUGGUUCAUAAUUUUCUACACCGAGACCACAAGCAUCAUUGUUAACGUCAUAGUUUGUGUAAUCGCACUGGUGGCCAUUGGGGUCUCGCUAUAUUUUAUGUCUGCUCGAUCCGGUUGCAGUUGGUCGGGCGUCCUGGUCCGAUUUGGCAUCACAGUUGGCAUUCAGCUCGUCUCGUUGGCUUUGGCAUGUGGCCUGGCCAUGCUGGUGGCAGUCUUUAUGGAUGGGGUGGAGCGCUCAAUGAGCUGGUUUACGCAAAUGUGGCUUAUACUGGGUCUCUACCUCUUUCCCGUCCUCUUCGGUAUGAGCAUUUUGCCUGCCAUAUAUUUGGAGAAGACGAAAAGAGAUCCGCUAAGCUUGGGCUUUCGCAUACAGCUUUUUAUGCACUCCCACUGCAUCUGUCUGAUUAUACUUACAAUCGUUUUGACGGCCCUUAGCAUACGAUCGGCCUAUUUGGUAAUGCUGUGUGUGCUGUUCGACAUCGUUGCACUAAUUGUUAAUCUGAUUACCAAGUGGCAUAGAAAAGCUUAUUGGUUCGGCAUUGCUGUCAUAAUCUGUCAGAUACUGCCCUUCACAUACUUCACAUACAUAUGCACGGCUACACUUCUGACGCUCAUACCCAUGCAAGGACGAUCGGGUUCCUCAUCGAAUCCGGAUAUCGCUGUUGCGGCCAUUAUUUGGCUAUUUUCUUUGAUGUUUGCAGGGUUUAUUGUGCCCCUUCUUAUGUUCUUUCGCAAGACAAGAACUAUAGCACUGUGCUUUUUGGCUGCUACGAUACUUUUUAUUAUAAUAGCAGUUACGAAUGCUGGAUUUCCCUAUAAAGCAAAAACAUCCACACAACGAUACAACUUGAUUCAUUCACAUCGUCGUCUUCAUAACGCAGACGGUUCUACACGAAUAGACGAAAGCGGCAUCUAUGUCUAUCCACAAGAUCGACGUUUCAAUAUUGCUCAGGACUAUAUAAACAAAAUUGGGGAAACACACAAAGUCAGUGAGUACUGCAAUGAAGAGAUGUUUUGCGGACUACCUCUGUACAAUCAUCGUUGGCAUAAGGCACGUGAAUAUAGCUUAUGGAUUCCUCUAAAAGAAGCUCCUCAGAUACCAACGGUUUAUCCCAAUCUGACGCUACAAGAAAGUACAGAGCUGGAAAGCCCGACACGAAAGCGUUUUACCUUCAUCCUGGAGGGACCCGAUCAUAUGACCAUCUUUGUAAAUGUCAAAAACGAUGCUAAGAUACUGGACUGGUCUUUCAAUGACACACUUAUCCGUGAGAACGAGCCGCCACCACAUUUCAUUUAUUUCUCUUACGGAAUCGACAACAGUGCCCUAGAAUUUACAAUCGAUGUUGAAAAAACCAGUUCUUCGUUCGAUACGCCAACCUUGGAAAUAGGAAUUGGCGGUCAUUGGGUGCAUGAAGACACAAGCACGUCGAAAAUAAAUCAAUAUUCUAAGUAUUUUCCAUCAUACACCUAUUUACAAAGUUGGGUUGGCACCUAUGAAAGUUGGUACUUCUGAAACAGCCAUUCAUAGAAGUAAAUUACCAUCAUUGGCCUCCAUUGGUAGCAAAACAUAUCUACAUUAGAUUGCACUGAAUCAAAAGCAACUAUAUUUAUAGAAUCUGAUAAAUAAAUGUCUAUUUAUUAAUAAAUGUGAUAAC